CAGACUGCUCGAAAAUACUGCUUGUAUUUAUUUCCUGCUUGAUGUUUCCUUUCGGAGCAAUGGCAAAAGUGAAAGCCACCUUGGUUUGUGCAGGGCUUUUUCUAUGUUCAACGGUGCUUGCAAUUGUCGAAGAACUCGAUGACACAUUUAAAGACACCAGAGUAGAUGAUGUCUGGCUGGUGGACUUUUAUGCACCGUGGUGUGGCUACUGUAAAAAACUGGAGCCCAUUUGGUAUGACGUCGGCGCCGAGUUGAAAAGCUCUGGAUCYCCUGUGCGAGUGGGCAAGAUGGACGGCACUGCAUACUCUGGCAUGUCCUCAGAAUUUGGAGUACGAGGAUACCCCACAAUCAAAUUGCUAAAGGGUGAUCUUGCCUAUAAUUACAAGGGGCCAAGGACAAAGGAUGACAUCGUAGAAUUCGCCAACAGGGUAGCAGGGCCAGCAGUCCGAGCACUUCCAAGCAAACAGAUGUUUGACCAUAUGAUGAAGAGACAUGACGUGCUCUUUGUAUACUUCGGCGGGGAGUCUCCACUCAAGGAGAAGUAUAUCGACAUGGCUGCGGAGCUGAUUGUGUAUACAUACUUCUUCUCUGCGUCUGAAGACGUCUUACCAGAGUCAGUGACUUUGCCAGAGCUUCCAUCGGUCGUAGUCUUCAAGGACGGGGCCUACUUUACCUAUGAUGAGUACGUGGACGGUGGCUUGUCUUCCUGGGUUAACAAAGAGCGAUUUCAGAGCUACCUGCAGAUCGAUGGCUUCACCCUGUAUGAACUGGGAGAGACAGGCAAAUUGGUGGCGAUUGCAGUCAUCGACGAGAAGGACCCGACAGAGGAAAGCGGCAGAUUAAAGACUCUGAUUCAGAGAGUGGCAAAGGAAUACAGGGAGCAUUUUAACAGAGACUUCCAGUUUGGCCACAUGGAUGGAAACGACUACAUCAACAGCCUCAUUAUGGGAGAGGUGUCGGUGCCGUCCAUCAUCAUCCUCAACACGUCUAAUGAGCAGUACUUCCUGCCCAGCGAGCCRGUGGAGACCCUGGAGCAGCUGGUUCACUUCAUCAACAGUGUUCUAGACGGUUCCGCUCAGGCCCAGGGAGGAGACGGCAUGUUCCAGAGGGUCAAACGAGUGGCCUUCGACGCCAAGUCCACCAUUAUGUCUGUGUUUCGCAGCUCCCCAGUGCUGGGCUGUUUCCUGUUUGGUCUGCCGCUGGGUGUGAUCAGCCUGAUGUGCUAUGGCAUCUGCACAGCCGAGUCAGACGAUGGCCAGGAGGACAUGGAGCUCAUGAAGAGGGAGGACGACGAGGAGGAGGACGAAGAGGAGGACGAGCCUCGGCAGGCCUCCGGAGAGCUGGAGGGCCCCGAGGAGGACGGAGAGAAUGAGGAAGAGGAGGAGCAGGAGAAGAACCCGGACGACAAGAAAGCAGAUUAAUGCCAAGGGUAGUGGAGGCGGAGGAACCGGCCUAGUGACAUACAGCAACAUGGAACUCAGACACAUAUCAACAAUGUGUUGUUUUACAUUUUUUUUUCAUCUUUAUCUUCCUUUUCCCCCCCUGCCCUACUGUUUUCUUUUCGCAGACUGUUUUUUAUUGCUAUUGAAUCUUAUUAGUCAGUUAGGUCAGCCGCUAGGCAACGCACUAAAAAAAUCAUGUCCUUUAUUAAAUUAGCCUUUUUGAAAUGGAAUUACAAAGAUUAGUCAUUGAUAAGUGUUGCAGAGAAGAAAGGAAGGAAAUAAGCCACAUUUUAGCUAAAUGUAUUAUUAUCGUUUCUUAAACAACCACUACACAGGGUCKUUCCAUKKUUUGAAUCAGGUAGCAUUUGUGCUUUAAAAAAUGUGACCCAUUGGUAAUGUGGUAAAAAGGUAACCCAUUUUCCCGUGUUCAUUGGCACUGAAAUAUUUGAUAUUGAUUUAUACACUUUGUUCUGAUGGAAUUUAGUAUUCCCAUUUCAAAGCUUUUGAUUAAAAUACACCCCCCCCCCCCGCUGAAUGUUGCAAUUCACCCAUAGUCGACUGCAGAGGAAGUGCCCAUGAAGGAAAAUUUGCCAUAAAAUGAAUACUCAUGCAUUUCAAAUGGAAUCUCACAUUUGUAACUCCAGACYCUUAUUCAUAGAACAGUGUACAACAGUGGAAAUGAUGCAAACAAUUACAUAGGUAGAGCCCACAAUCUGGAUAAUGUAAGGUUGAKGGGAUGUCUGGCUUAUUUACCCUGCUGUAGUUUUAAAUAGACACACUGUACAGUAAGUUGUUUUUUCUCUAUUUUAGAUGGCCAAUGGUUAAUGUAAUGGGAGACAGGCUUAAUGACAUCAAUAUGGGUUUGUGCAUCCGAAAUGGCACCCUAUUCCCUAUAUAGUGCACUACUUUUGACCAGCCUGGCCAAAAGUAGUGCACUAUAUAGGGAAUUGGGUGCCAUUURGGAUGCAAACAUGGAAUGGUAAUARACUUGAAGACAAUGGCUGAUCAGAUCCAAAAUGGUGGCUUUUUGCUCUCCUCUGAAAGAUCUUCACCACCUGUUGUCCAUCACWAGUUCUGGUAGGAAAUGGUAUCAGAUUGCAUCCAAAUGCACUGAGAUUACAAUACAAUUCAGUGUGAGUUUACUCAAUGCACUGACAAAAACCUGMUGGGAGUUUUUACAGUACUUAAUGACAGUACAUUGCAAUAAAAGGGUCAUGUGGCGUUUAAAGGGG